GCAUAAAGGUUACGCCCCAUCGGCGCACCUUAGCCACCAGAGUACAGCAUCGAAAACCCCGAAAGAAAUUACUAAAAAAUCCAGGAAAAGCGAAAACAAAAGAAAAAGUUGAGGUAAAUAAUAAAUAGCAGUAAAUUCACAGAAGCGCGCCAGUAGCCUUUUCCGGCGAAAAGAAUAUCGGAGAGCGGGGGGAGAGAGAAAAUGGGGGUGCAUCAGAAGUCGGAUUCGGAGGUGACAAGCUGCAUAGAAGAAGGGUCAUCAACGCCGCCGCGGUCACCCGGCGGGGGGCGGCCACCGCAGCCACUGUACUACGUGCAGAGUCCAUCAUCACACAACCACCACCACAGCGCCGAGUUGAAUGAGAAAAUGUCAUACGGGUCAAGCCCGUUUGCUUCACCCCCGACCCACCACCACCAUUACGAUCACUACUAUCACUGCUCCCCAAUUCACCAUUCCCGGGAUCAGUCCUCCACUACCUCCCGAUUCUCCGCUUCCCUCAAGAACCCCUCCAAACUAGGGGCUUGGCAACUCAUUCCAAAGGAACCCAACAACGGCGGCGGCGGCGGCGGCCUGGAUGGCGUGGAAGGAGGUGGUGAGGACGACGAGGAGGAUGAUGAAGGUGAAAAGGCGGCGCAGCUCAAAUUCUACGUGGUCUGCUUCUUGUUAGGAUUUGUUCUGCUAUUCACUCUGUUUUCGUUGAUUCUCUGGGGUGCUAGCCUUUCUUACCAGCCCAACAUCUUGGUUAAGAAGAUGGUGUUUGAGAGAAUGAAGGUUCAAGCAGGGAUAGACGGAAGUGGGGUGCCAACGGAUAUGUUGACUUUGAAUUCAACGGUGAAGAUAGUUUACAGCAAUCCCUCCACUUUCUUUGGCCUUCACGUCACUUCCACUCCCCUUCAGCUUCGCUAUUUGGACCUGAUCCUUGCCUCCGGUCCCAUGAAGAAGUUUUAUGAGUCGAGAAAGAGUCAACGCAUUGUAGCUGUCGUGGUUCAAGGCUACCAAGUUCCGCUCUAUGGUGGGGUGCCGGUUCUGAGUAGUGGAUCGUUCGCCAGCACUGACAACCUCAACCAUAAUACCCUUGAUCACUCCGCAGUUUCGGUGCCCAUGAACCUAACAUUCCAGAUGAGGUCCCGGGCUUACAUUUUGGGUAGGCUGGUGAAGCCCAAAUUCUACAAGACUGUCUUGUGUCAAAUCACUGUUAGACCCAAUCAUUUGGGAAGGCCCAUUAGCUUCACCAAUUCUAACCACUGUGUGUACCGAUAGUUGAGUUAGAGCCCCCUUUUCUUAGAGACGCAUUUUAGCUAUAUUUAUAUAAAAUCAGCCUCUCAUGUUCUGUCUGGUGUAUGUAGGCCUUAGUAGUGAGUGCUUCAUAUGGUUGGUGCGAAUGUGAAGUUCCUUUUCUUUUCUUUUUUUUUUUUAAAGAAAAAUUAACAAUAUUAGCUGUCUUUCCUGCUUAAAUUAGAUGUUGCAGUGCAGAGAAGUCGUGCUAUUCUAUUGCGAAUGUAUAUGCUGACUCUACCGUUGACAAUGGAUGAAAGUUUUUGGGAAC